GGGAGCGCUUUGCUACGUCCGCUGAAUGCGACCAUUGGACAUCACUCGUCUGCUUCUUUUUAGCUCUAAUACGUUUUACAACAGUGUCGAUUGGAAAUGUUGAAAAAGAAGAGUAACAGGCAAAAUGUAUAACAAUAUUCAGGAAAUGUUAUCAGCUAUCGGGAAUGUUUGGAAUAGAAUCCAAUUAUUUCUUUGAAUAUCCGACCCCCUUUUUCAAAUACUUUACCUAAAUUAUAAUAAAAAGUAUGCCUUGCACUAAAUGCCAAUCUGAUUUUACUCUAUUUAACUGGAAAAUACGAUGUGGAGAGUGCGAAGAUAAAUACUGCAAUAAAUGUUUAAAAAGAAAAGAUGGCAUACUAUACUGUGAAACUUGCACAAUUUUACUGAAAAGACCGCCCGAUAGAUUAAAGCUUAUGGAAUUAAAAGUAAAGGAUUUAAGAGAAUACUUGAAUAAAAAUAAUAUUUCUACAUAUGGAUUAGUGGAAAAGAAGGAAUUAGUAGAUCUGUUUUGUGAUAAACAUAUACCAGAAAAACAGAGAAGAGGUGUUGAUAGACUGACUGCUAAUUUUGGCGGAGUCCCAAAUUUGAAAUCGGUGAAUGGAUUUUUAAGUAACUUAGAUUCCAUAAUAAUAGAUAAUCAAACCUCUGGUCCCCGACCUGCAAGCGCCCCACCUCCAGGACCCGCUUCAGAGCCUCAUGUGAAGAAAAACAGGGCACCUCCCCCGCCCCUACAGACAACCUCUCUGGAUGACAAUCAGCCAACUACUUCUCGCCAUUUUAACCAAAGUAGUCUGGAACCAGUAAAAGCUAACAUAACAGAAUCCAGUCCAUUGCCAGCCAGAUAUCCAAAGCUUGAUGAUUUUGCAAGUUCAGAAAAUUUAAAUCAACUCUCAGCAAAGGAUUUAAAAAUUUUGUUAACUAUUAAUAGGGUGGACUUUAAAGGUUGCAUAGAAAAGGGCGAACUGCUGGAAAGAGCACAAAGGUUGUGGGAGGAUAAUAAACAAAAUCAAGGAACUGCUGAGAAUAUUCCAAUACAGGAGCUUUGCAAAUUAUGUAUGGAUGCACCUUUGGACUGUGUACUUUUGGAAUGCGGUCAUAUCACAUCUUGCAUAGAAUGUGGGAAAAAAUUAGCAGAAUGCCCAAUUUGCCGCCAAUACGUAAUUCGUGUUGUUAGAACGUUUAAAGCAUAAGAUUAGAAAAGAAAUUUUGUGUUUCCUACUAUUCAAUUAAUUUUAUAGACAACUGAAGAACAAUUUGCAGUAUUGCAACUGUACCUACGGGGUGGUCAACAUAAGAACUACAAAAACAAGUUAGAUACAAAAGUUUGUGGUAUAGCUUUUUAGAUAUUAUAGUUUUAUUGUUCAAGUAUUAGUGGAAUUUUUAGCUAAAAUUAGUCAGUAAAUUAAGGUACACGGGGGAAGUGGGUCCUAGAAUUUCAAUGGUUCAAAUUUCUUGCUGUCAUUCCUGUUCCGUGACCUGGACGUUAAUAACAUGUUCUCAAUCAUACAUGUGGCAACAAUUUUUUUUGCGAUUUUUCAAUUUUUUUGUUUUUAUUUUGUGAGGUCCCCAACGACUUGGGGCAUGUGUAAAUACAGUGUCUAAUUCACUUAAUAUAAAGUAAUCUAGCAUACAGUAUCUUCAAAUAUGAUGUUGAAACAAAUUUUCCCUUUUUUGCCGAUAUCUGGAGCAGGCAAAAACAGUUGUAUUUGUUCCCUAUUUAUAAUAGAAAUCCGGCCAAUAAAACUGUGAUAAAGACCUCAACCUCCUGGCAAAUUUGACUUCUAAAUAUGUUUCGAUUUCAGUUAUCUGUCCCACCUAGAAUUUAUACGACUUCUUAGUUGUAAAUUUUUCCAAAAUGCAAUCGCCUUUCAACAAUGUGUGGGAGCUUUCAUGAAUUCUUCUUCACGAAGUUCAGUUACAUUUCUGUCUUCGUCAGUCUUCAGUUUUUUUCAACUGCAAUGAAAACAACCUUUUUGGAAAUAAAUUGUAUUUAAUUAUGGGAAUGUUAAUUUUACAGGUGGUUGAAAUCGUAGUGCAACAACUGAGGACGUUUAUUGAAGGUUGUGAUAGACAUAUUAACGUCUCGGGGUACCUUAUAUAAAAUGAAUGGAAAAAGUAAAAUAAACAUGAAACCUGUUUAUGGGGUAAAACUAUUGUUUUCUUUCUAUCUAUUGUUAGUAAUACUUAAUACUUAGUACAAAUUUUAAAAUAAUAUUGCUGCUUUAUAUAAAUUAACACCGAAAUAAUUGAUACAGAGUUAAACACUUGCAAACCUAUAUCAAUAACUCAAACUGACUGACUGAAUGUUAUUCCUGUGUUUAUCAAUCUCCGUCGCCGUCUCCUCUCUAAAAAGCUUAACUCGACGCAAGAAACUUUUGCAUUUUGCUUCUUCCUCCCACAAGUUCUCAUCCUGUGUCAAAAUUUCCAAAAAUAAUUUUUUAAGCAAGUUUGGUUGAUUGGAAGUGGCUUGUCACGUUUAAGUGGUCUAUAACACUAAUUGGCAGAGGAUACAAGUUUUAUGUGAUUUUUAUGACUGGUGAUACUUUGUGUUUUUUAAAAAAAUUUAUAGAUAGCAACUGUUGAGUGUUAUCUACCAACGAGCUCUACUAUUGCAGCUGAGUUUUACAUAGUUUUAAAUUAAGUUAUAUCAAGAUUUAUAUUAUUAAAAUGCAUUUAAUGUAUGAAAAUUAGGUUAAAGAUAUAAGAAUAAAUUAC